AUCUUAUAACAAGUGCGUAUUACUCUAUUAUCUAAAAAUAUAUUUUACGAUGCAAUUGCAUACUGUUGCAUACAAGUAGCAGCAAGGUUACAAAAAUAAUGUAUUUAACGGUAUUCUCGUAUUUAGCACUCUGUGCAGGAAUAUUGUAUUUAUAUCUAAAAUGGAAGUUCACAUAUUGGAAGAGGGUAGGUCUGGAAUACCUGGAGCCCGUAGAUCUGGUCUACGGAAACAUCAAAUAUAUGGUUCUACAGAAGCUCUCAAUUGGGGACUAUUUUCGUAAUGUAUAUAACGAUUUUAAAGCGAAAGGUCUGAAGCAUGGUGGUAUAUACUUUUUCUUCUUUCCUACCUAUGUUCCUGUUGACUUGGAUAUUGUUAAAAAUAUUUUUAUACGAGAUUUUGAAUAUUUUGUGAAUCAUGGUGUUUAUAAAAAUGAAGAGGGUGAACCUCUUUCUGGACAUCUGUUUGCUUUGGAGGAUGAUAAAUGGAGAAAACUUAGAGCGAAAUUGUCACCUACUUUCACAACUGGAAAAAUUAAAAUGAUGUUUCAAACACUUUGCUCUACAUCUAAGGGAUUAACUGAGGUUCUAGAAGAGCAUGCUAAAUUCAACGAAGUAUUAAAUAUAAGAGACGUAGUUGCCAGAUUUACGACUGACGUCAUUGCAACAGUUGGAUUUGGAUUGGAAUGCAAUUCCCUAAAAAAUCCAAACGAAGAAUUUAGACAUAAAGGCCGCAAAAUAUUUGAUUUAAGUGCCAUUGAACGUUUUAAGGAAACACUUUUGUUUAUAUUACCGAUAAAAGUUGUAAACUUUUUUAACUUGAAGACAUUUCCAAACGACGUUACCAAUUUUUUCCUGGACGUCAUUGAAAAAACUGUCAAUUAUAGAGAAACAAAUAAGAUCAGCAGAAAGGAUUUCAUGCAUUUGCUGCUACAAUUGAAAAACCGCGGAAAAGUUGCCGAUGACCAGUUCAUAUUUAAACAAGAGGGAGAAAAAGAAGGAGAGAAUUUCAUAACUUUCAAUGAACUGGCAGCCCAGUGUUUAAUAUUUUGGAUUGCUGGUUAUGAAACUUCGUCAACUGCAACGAGCUUUGCAUUAUUGGAGUUAGGCAGAAACAAAGAUAUUCAGAAUAAACUUAGGGAUGAAAUUAAAAGGGUGUUGGAUAAGCACAAUAAUGAAUUGACUUACGAGGCCAUACAGGAAAUGAAAUAUUUGGAACAAGUGGUUUAUGAAACUCUUCGAAAACAUCCACCUACUCCAAAUCUUCCCAGAAAAUGUACCAAAGAUUAUCCCGUUCCUGGAACUAAUGUAACGAUUAAAAAGGGAGUCCAAGUCAUUAUUCCAAUAUUGGCUAUCCAGAAUGAUCCAGAGAUUUAUCCAGAUCCGGAAAAAUUUGAUCCAGAUCGGUUUACAGAUGAAAAUAAAGCCAACAGGAACCCAGCAGCUUUCUUGACAUUUGGAGAGGGUCCCCGAUAUUGUUUAGGUGCCCGCCUUGGUUUAAUGCAAACCAAAGUGGCAUUAAUCACAUUUAUUAAGAAUUUCCAAGUGGAUGUGCACCCAAAAACCAAACUUCCAGUAAAAUACAUUUCCCAACGAUUUAUUCUGGCAAUGGACGGUGGUAUAUGGUUGUCAGUUUCUAAAUUGAAAUAAUACUGUUGCAAAAUUAUGUAAGAACUUUUGUGUGGAUGUGUAUUUUUGAGAUAGACGCAAAUCAAUUCAAGCAAUUUAAUUGGCAACAAAAAUAUUCAUAAAACACUUGUAUUAAUUUUUAUGUAUUGUGAAAUGCUUAUAAUCUCCAACCGCUAAUCUAUGAUAGGCAACCAUAGAUACACUAACAUAACAUUUUACCAUUACCAUUAUUUUCAGAAUUCUCUGUUAAAAUAUGUUAAAAAUAUGCCUUGGAAUAAUAAUAAGAAUUGACAAUUUU